UCCUUUGCUUUCCCUAUAAAAAUAUCGUCCAAUCUUUAUGGACUGCAAAACGAUUAGCUAAGCAGCCUCAUACACUAAUUCCAAGAAAUAUCUUUUCUUUUCUUGCUUCUGCUGCGGCCUCUUCAGAGCCUUCUCUUUCUACUUAGUUUUAUUCUCCAAUUAAACAGGCCGAGUGUAAGCUCUACACUUUUCUGCUCGUCUGAGGAAAAGUCAUGACAAAGUCUUCAAAAGUCUCACAACAGGCAAACCAAACUAUAAGCAUGGAAGAAUCACCUGAUCCUCCGUUUGAAGAGACAUACAAGAAUCUUUUUGACAACAUAAGUAAUGAAAAUGAUUCAAACAAUUACGAAAACCUCUUCUUAGUGGAGAAAUGCGAGUUGCCUCUUGUCGAUCUUGACCAACUAAAUUAUGGAGACGAAUUCGAGAGAAGAGAGUGCAAGAGAAAAAUAGCCAAAGCUUCAAAAGAAUGGGGUUUUUUCCAAGUGAUAAACCAUGGAGUUUCACAUGAUAUUUUGGCCAAAAUGAGAAUGGAACAAGUCAAGCUUUUCAAGAAGCCGUUUAAUGAGAAAAUGGAUAUUGACAAGAAUCUUAACUUCUCCGAAGGAAGUUACCGUUGGGGAACGCCGACAGCUACUUGCCUUCGACAACUUUCUUGGUCGGAAGCUUUUCAUGUUCCUCUCUCUGAUGUUUCCAGUUCAAGGGGACUGAGCAGCCUCAGCAAUUUGCAACAACAUUAUCUGAAUUAGCACAGCAAUUAGCAAGAUUAUUAGCAGAGGAACUUGGACAUAAGUCAAAUUAUUUCAAAGAAACAUGUUUGCCAAACACUUGCUACCUAAGAAUGAACAGAUAUCCAGCUUGUCCUAUUUCUCCAGAAGUUUUCGGAUUAAUGCCACACACUGACAGUGAUUUCCUCACAAUAUUACAUCAAGAUGAGAUAGGAGGAUUGCAAUUACUAAGAGAUGGGAAAUGGAUUUCUGUUAAGCCUAAUCCUCAAGCACUUGUCAUCAAUGUAGGAGAUUUGUUUCAGGCAUGGAGCAAUGGUAUUUAUAGAAGUGUUGAACACAGAGUUGUGACAAAUAAAGUAAAAGAGAGGUUCUCAACUGCAUUUUUCUUAUGUCCAUCUUAUGAUGCAGAAAUACAGAGUUUUGUUGAACCUUCUGUUUAUAGGAAAUUUUCGUUUAGAGAAUUUAGAAAACAAGUCCAAGAAGAUGUUAAGAAGUUUGGUUAUAAAGUAGGUCUACCUAGGUUUCUUGUAUCAAGCCACUAAACACAAAAAUUUUGCAGUUAAAUGCCUAUAUCAUAAUCAUACUAUCUGACCUUUAAAUAGUUAACAAAGUCAAGAGGUUUAGGAUUUUUUUUUUCUUUAUUUCCGUAUGUCUCACAAUGUUAGAAUGGGCUAAUAUCUAUUCUCUCUGUUUUAUUUUA